AGACAACUUGGCUUGGUCCACAUUCCCCACACCUGAAAACCCCGACGGAACGCGGAACAAAUGUGACACAAGGCGGCGCCCUGCCAACCCACGCCGACCACCGCCGCCAUGCUGCCCUCCUCCGUCCCGUGGUGGCUCGCCACCACGGCAUGCUCCCCGCCGCCGCGGGCGCCCCUCCCCGACCGCCUCGCCUUCCUCUUCCUCUCGCCCUGCCCGCAGCGCGCGCUCCUCGCCGCCGUCGACCUCCUCUUCCUCCUCGCCGCGCUCGCCCUCUCCCUCCGCGCCCGCCUCCGCCUCCGAUCCUCCCGCGCCACCCACGAGCACCACGAGCCCCUCCUCGCCAAGCCAGCACCGGCCGCGGCGCACCGCCGAGGGAGGAGGAGCUUCCGGCACAGGCUCGCGCUCGCGGCCUCCACGGCGCUCGCGGCCGCGUCGCUCCUGCUGCUAGCGCUCGCGGCCCUGCGCCUCUCCCCGCGGGACGGCGUCGACGCGUUCUGGCGCGCGGUCCAGUGCGCCUUCCUCGCGGCGCAGCUCCUCGCGCACCUCGCGGCCGCGGGCACCGUCGCGGCGGAGAAGGCGGCAGCGGCGGCGUCAGCACGGCGCUCCCACCCGGCGCACCUCCGCCUCUUCUGGCUCGCAACCGCGGGGCUCGCCGCGCUCUUCUCCGGGUCCGCCGCCGCGCGGUACGCCUUUGGUGUCCCGAUCCUCCCCGACGACCCCAUCGCGUUCGCGGGGCUCGUCCUCUCGCUCCCUCUGCUCUACUUCGCGGUCCACGGCUCCACGGGCCUGGCCGACGACACGACCGCCGCCGCCACCGAAGAGGCAGAGCAGAGCGGCGCUUCUUCUUCUGCCUACGCGACGGCGUCGUGGCUCUCGCUGGCGACCUUCAGCUGGAUCGACCCGCUCAUCGCCAAGGGCUCCACAGCGACGCUCAGCGACAAGGACGUCCCGCCCGUGGCGCCGGCCGACACCGCCGAGGCAGCGUACGCGCUCUUCCUCUCCAACUGGCCCGCCUCCACCUCCUCCAAGCCCGGGCACCCGGUGGCCGCCGCGCUGCUGCGCUCCUUCUGGCCGCAGUUCCUGCUCACCGCCGCGCUCGGCGUCGCGCACCUCUCCGUCAUGUACAUCGGCCCGUCGCUCGUCGACCGGUUCGUCCAGUUCGUGCGCCGCGGCGGGGGCGCGGCGGAGGGGCUGCGGCUCGUCGCCGUGCUCCUCGCCGGCAAGGCCGCCGAGACGCUCGCGUCGCACCACUACGAGUUCCAGGGCCACAAGCUCGGGAUGCGCAUCCGCGCCGCGCUGCUCGCCGCCGUCUACCGCAAGUCGCUGCGCCUCUCCACGGGCGCGCGCCGCGCGCACGGCGCCGGCACCAUCGUCAACUACAUGGAGGUGGACGCCGAGGAGGUCUCCAACGUCACGUACCAGCUCCACAACCUCUGGCUCAUGCCGCUGCAGAUCGCCGUCGCGCUCGCCCUCCUCUACACGCACCUCGGCCCCGCCGUGCUCACCGCGGUCGCCGCCAUCGCCGUGGUCACCGUCGUCGUGGCCUUUGCUAACCGCCGCAAUCUCGAGUACCAGUCCAAGUUCCUCGGCAAGCGCGACGAGCGGAUGAAGGCCAUCACCGAGUUGCUCAACUACAUGCGCGUCAUCAAGCUGCAGGCGUGGGAGGAGACGUUCGGCUCCAAGGUUCGCGAGCUCCGGGAGGCUGAGCUCGGGUGGCUCGCCAAGUCCAUGUACUUCAUGUGCGCCAACACCGUCGUGCUCUGGAGUGGUCCGCUUGUCAUGACCGUGCUCGUCUUUGGCACUUGCGUGCUGACAGGUGUACAGCUGGAUGCUGGCAAGGUGUUCACCGCCACCGCCUUCUUCCGAAUGCUCGAUGGACCUAUGCAGAGCUUUCCGGAGGCGAUCGCGGCUAUCACGCAGGCCACCGUGUCGCUUGGAAGGCUUGACAGGUACCUGCUUGAUGCAGAGCUCGAUGAUGCUACGGUGGAUCAUGUCCUUCACACCGGCAUUGGAGCAGACCGGGUGGUCCUGGAGGUGCGUGAUGGCAUGUUUGCGUGGGACAUGAGGGGCAAGAAGGAGAAUGAAACGGAACAAGAGGACGAUGAAGGUGAGGAGGAUGAAAGUAUUGUGGAAGAAACACCCAUCUUAGAGACAGUGUUGAAGGGGAUUAAUAUGGAGGUACGAAGAGGCGAGAUUGCAGCGGUUGUUGGAACGGUCGGGUCUGGCAAGUCGUCGUUGCUGUCCUGUAUUAUGGGGGAGAUGGACAAGGUUUCAGGCAAGGUUAGGGUAUGUGGUAGUACUGCAUAUGUUGCACAGACAGCUUGGAUAAAAAAUGGGACCAUUCAAGAGAAUAUUUUAUUCGGCCAGCCAAUGGAUCCUGAAAGAUAUAAAGAAGUCACACGGUCUUGCUGCCUGGAGAAGGAUUUGGAAAUGAUGGAAUUCGGUGACCAGACAGAAAUAGGAGAGCGAGGAAUCAAUCUCAGUGGUGGGCAGAAACAGCGCAUUCAGCUUGCCAGAGCAGUUUAUCAAAAAUGCGAUAUAUAUCUCCUUGAUGAUGUCUUCAGUGCUGUAGAUGCACACACGGGCUCAUAUAUCUUCAAGGAAUGUCUAAGGGGCAUGCUCAAGGGGAAGACCAUCUUGCUCGUAACUCACCAAGUGGAUUUCCUGCAUAAUGUCGACACCAUAUUCGUCAUGAAAGAUGGUAUGAUUGUACAGUCAGGAAAGUAUGAUGAGUUACUAGAAGCAGGUGCAGGUUUUUCGGCUCUUGUUGCUGCUCAUGAUAGUUCAAUGGAACUGGUGGAACAGGGUCGACAAGUGGAGAAGACUAAACAUUCUCAGCCUGCUGCAGUAAUCAGAAUCCCUUCUCUCCACUCUAGAUCCAUCGGAAAGGGCGAGAAGGUGAUUGUUGCACCAGAAAUAGAAGCAGCCACUUCCAAGAUUAUACAAGAAGAGGAAAGAGAAAGUGGACAAGUAAGUUGGCGUGUGUACAAGCUAUACAUGACCCAGGCCUGGGGUUGGUGGGGGAUUGUGGGCAUAUUGGGAUUAUCAUUGGUGUGGCAAGCUUCUGAUAUGGCUAGUGACUAUUGGCUUUCAUAUGAAACAUCAGGCAGCAUUCCGUUUAAUCCUUCCUUGUUUAUUGGAGUGUAUUUUGCCAUAGCUGGUGUUUCAAUGGUCCUUCAAGUAAUUAAGACUCUUCUCGAGACAGUGUUGGGUCUUCAAACAGCUAAGAUCUUUUUCAAUAAGAUGUUUGACAGCAUUUUGCAUGCCCCGAUGUCAUUUUUUGACACCACUCCUUCAGGAAGGAUUCUUAGCCGGGCAUCAUCUGACCAAACAACCAUAGAUGAUGUGCUGGCCUUCUUUGUUGGCCUGACAAUUUCAAUGUACAUUUCAGUAUUUAGCACCAUAAUUGUUACUUGCCAGGUUGCUUGGCCAUCAGUUAUAGCUGUGAUUCCACUCUUGCUAUUGAACAUUUGGUACAGGAAUCGAUAUCUUGCCACUUCACGGGAGUUAACUCGACUUGAAGGAGUAACCAAAGCACCGAUUAUUGAUCACUUCACUGAGACUGUUGUAGGUGCGACAACCAUAAGAUGUUUCAACAAGGAAAGUGAAUUUUUCCAGGAGAAUUUAGACAGAAUCAAUUCAAGUUUGCGCAUGAACUUCCACAACUAUGCAGCAAACGAGUGGCUUGGGUUUCGGCUGGAGCUGAUUGGAACACUUGUAUUGUCAAUAACAGCUUUUCUCAUGAUUAGCCUGCCUAGCAAUUUUAUCAAGAAAGAAUUUGUUGGCAUGUCUCUUUCAUAUGGCCUUUCUCUCAAUUUUCUGGUGUACUACGCAAUAUCCAUCAGCUGUAUGUUAGAAAAUGAUAUGGUUGCUGUGGAGAGGGUAAAUCAAUUCAGCACUCUUCCUUCUGAGGCAGCGUGGAAAAAAGAUGACCACCCUCCUCCGAAUUGGCCCACUCAUGGAGAUAUUGAUAUCAACGAUUUAAAGGUCAGGUAUCGACCAAAUACACCUCUAAUUCUGAAAGGCAUCACUGUCAGCAUUAGAGGUGGUGAAAAGAUAGGCGUUGUUGGAAGGACAGGCAGUGGCAAAUCAACUUUGAUUCAAGCAUUCUUUAGGCUUGUAGAGCCUGCAGAGGGGAAGAUAAUCAUUGAUGGAGUAGACCUUUGUGCAUUGGGUCUACAUGAUCUGAGGUCCCGCUUUGGCAUAAUUCCCCAGGAACCAGUACUCUUCGAAGGGACAAUUCGAAGUAACAUUGAUCCAAUUGGGCAGUUUUCAGAUUCUGAAAUAUGGCAGGCUCUGGAGCGUUGCCAACUGAAGGAUGUAGUAGCUUCAAAACCUCAAAAGCUUGACGCUCUAGUGGCUGAUAGUGGGGAGAACUGGAGCGUAGGCCAAAGACAGCUUCUUUGUCUUGGUCGUGUGAUACUGAAGCAGAAUAAAGUCUUAUUCAUGGAUGAGGCAACUGCUUCAGUCGAUUCUCAAACUGACGCCGCAAUCCAGAAGAUCACGCGAGAACAGUUUUCAUCGUGUACCAUAAUCAGCAUUGCACACAGAAUACCAACCGUCAUGGACUGUGAUAGAGUUUUGGUGCUGGACGCAGGACUGGUAAAGGAAUUUGAUGAGCCAACGAGGUUGAUCGAACAACCGUCCUCCCUCUUCGGGGCAAUGGUACAAGAGUAUGCAGAUCGCUCGUCCAAACUCUAGUAACUCGCUCCCUCGUAGUGCAGACAUUACGAAAUAAGUAAGCAUCGUUUUGAUAGGUUGGCUACUUGAGUGUAUAAUCGGCGAAUUACAUCAAGAAAUAAAAUUAGAUGCUUAGUAGCAGUCCCCAGAUUGUUUACAGCAAAGAGAAGAGGAGGAAAGGAUUUUUACAGGGGUGGAGCACGCAGGCAGUUGAGCCAGGCAUCAACUGAACUAUGUAAUUCCAGGGGAAAACGACCGCGCUAGAGAAUGGCAUCAUCGAGGCACAUCUUCAGGAGCAAGGGGAAGGACGGGACCUCGCCGUGGAACACCAUCUCGUUCUGUUGUGUGAUCCUUGAACUAUGUAAUAAGUUUUGUACUAGCUGCUGUGCCGCUGAGUCUUUUUUUAAAGAAAUAAAGCCGUAUGUAUCAAUUGAUGCUCA